AUGCGUGCCUCCACCGUCUUCGUCGCCCUCUUCGCCACCUUGGCCGUUGCCACCCCCAACCCCGUCGUUGAGCAUGACGGCCUCGACGUCGCGCUUGACCGUCGUCAGUGUUCUGCAGCGGGAGUUUGCUCCAAGGGCGGCGACAAGGGCGAAAACUGCUCUGCCCUCAAGUGCUGCAGCAACUCCAAGUCCGGUCGCGGCAAUUCCGUCUGCUGCUGCAACUAA